ACUCCCCGAAACAAACAGAUUCCUCUCCGAGCUCGUCUUCACGCGGUGGUUUUGUUUUCUCAACAGACCGUCUGGAAUCAUCGCAGGUGAGCGCCUUCGUUCAGAAGCCACACUCGGCUGCUGUAGAGAUGGCACUGCGCGGUCAAAGUCUGGCUCUGCUGCUGCUGGCGUCGGCGCUGUUCGUGUCGCUGACGCACACACAGCACUGGUCCCACGACUGGAAACCCGGAGGGAAACGCGACCUGGAGGCCAUGAGACCACUGCUGGAGCAGGAGCUUGAGGCACCGGACAGCGCGUUCGAAUGCGACGGACCCGAAUGCGCCUUCGCUCGAGUGCCGAGCAGUGAGCUCGUCAGGGAGAUCAUGAGUUACCUCUCGCAGAAGAAUUAUCAAAGGAAAGUUCUGAAGUAAAAGCCCCGCGUCUCAAGCUGCAGACGAAGACAAUCAACGCUCCCGACAAUUCGAGAAGUUUCCUCGAGAGCGCCACGUGACGCGAACCCAGUCAAUGAAAUGCCCUCGCUGUGGUCUGUGACGUCUCGUAGACCCUUUGUGUUUAUUUAAUUCUUCAUCGCCGCUCAGCGUAUCGUCAACGUGACCGUGGCCAUGUGCGUUUAUGUGCACCAUACAUCGUAGCGUGUCCCAGAGUGGCUGUGUGUAG